AUGGCUGAAGAAACCAAAAGUACAGAAAAGCCCAAGCCUUGUUGCGUGUGUCUCGACGAGAAGAAGAUCAGAGAUGCUUGCUUAUUGCAAAACGGACAGGAGAGUGGAAAGUGUGACUCCAUUAUUAGCCAAUACAAAGUUUGUAUGAAAGGUUAUGGAUUUGAAAUUGCCUAA